AUCUUUUUACUCAGAUCUUCUCCUUCAAUUCAAUUCCCUCAAAACUCGAAAUAGAUAAAAAAAAUUCAUGAAAUCUGCACUUUCAAGAACCGGCUCAAUCCCGGUACAAACCUUAAACCGGACCCCUUCACUUAACGGAAGCAUUCCUUCGUCCCCAAAAGUCUCAUUUCGGUGUGAAAAUAGUGGGUUUACUAAAAUUAGGCUGUCUAACUCGGAUACUGAUUUGAUCCGAUCCGAGUUGAGGAGCUCUCGAGUUACCCGAGUUGGAUCGGUGUCGUUCCCUGAUUUGGGUAUGAUUGUUGAGGAGGAAUUGGCUGGAGGAAUCGGAAUUGGAAUCGGAACCGGAAAUGGGAAAGGGAAAGGGAAUAAUUACGGAGGUAAAGGAAAAGGCGGGAGUAAUAACAAAAAUAACAGUAAUGAGAAAGGUAAUAUUGGGGAUUAUUACCAAAAAAUGCUCAAGUCAAAUCCUGGUGAUUCUUUGCUUUUGAGAAACUAUGGGAAAUACUUGCAUGAGGUGGAGAAAAAUGUGGAGAAAGCAGAGGAAUGUUAUGGGAGAGCAAUAUUAGCAAAUCCAGGAGAUGGAGAAUUAUUAUCAUUAUAUGGGAGUUUAAUUUGGGAAACUUCUAAGGAUGAAGAUCGAGCUCAACUUUACUAUGAUCAAGCUCUUCAUGCCUCACCUAAUGAUAGCACGGUAUUGGGAUCAUAUGCACACUUCUUAUGGGAAGCAGAGGAUGAUGAAGAAGAUGCAGAUAUUAUGAAGCUUGGAAAUGAUGUUGUUCUUCCUGCUAUGGUUGGAGCUCACUAAUUAAACCCUUGGCCCGAUCCAUUAAUCCGGACAAUUUUCUAUAUACAACCGGUUAUAUAACGUAUAAAUGUUAUUUUCUUACUUGCUUACUUGCAUCUUAUGAUCACAUGGGUAAAAUAAUCGUUCAGAGUUCUUGGUAGGACAAUCAGUUGUACGAUGAAAAUUCCUCUUUUAAAGUGAGGAUGUAAAAAAAAAAACUUAUUUUUUUGUUAGUUUUCUUGCUUUUACUAACUUCUAAGUAUUACUCUAUUACUCUAGUAGGCAAUAAAUAGAAUUCAAGGAUGUAACAAGAAAUACAAGACUAUGUAACAAUUUUCUUUGUACGAAUAUGACCGAAUAAAGUUUGAUCUUUGAUGAGCUUAACAA